AUGUCAGAUCAUUCUCCAAUUUCCAACAAGGAAAACCAUCUGCUGCCAUCAGACUCAUCAAGCAGCUCAUCCAGCGAUACACAUUCGACGGGCACAACUGGGACUACGGGUGUUGAACCCGUAGAUUUCACCGGUGAAGGUGCCAAAUACACUACGGCAACGGAGGGCAAUGCUGGUGGGGCAGACUUGGCGAUCCAAAGAACUACAACUAUGAAUUCAGCGGCAGAAUCGGAGGUGAAUAUCACGAGGAGACUAACCAAAAUUCUCACGGGGUCUGUUGACGAACCCGAUCGUAUAGAGGUUGAUUAUAGCAACUGUGCGCCCAUGGGUGGUGAAAGGCCUUACCCCCCCGCAUUGCCAAGCAGAGACAUGUUUGAAGUCACUUUUGAUGGUCCCAACGACCCGCUGCACCCAUUCAAUUGGCCCAUGAAGAAAAAAGUGCUAAUUUGUCUUGUUUUAUGUUUGGAUUGUAUUGCCAUUGCCAUGUGUUCUUCUAUUUUUGCCUCUGCAGUGCCACAAAUCUGCGAAAUAUAUCAUGUCAUCGAAGUUGUAGCGAUUCUGGGUAUCACCCUUUUCGUUCUUGGGUUUGCUGCCUCGCCCGUUGUUUAUGCUCCUCUUUCAGAGUUGUAUGGUAGAAAGGGUGUUUUGGUUUUAUCUGCGUUUGGAUUUGCCAUAUUUCAAUUUGCCGUUGCCACUGCUGAGAACCUGCAAACUAUUUUCAUAUGUAGAUUCUUCGGUGGUUUUAUCGGUGCAGCGCCCAUGGCUGUUGUGCCUGCCGCGUUUGCCGACAUGUUUGAUACCAAUAUCAGAGGUAAGGCAAUUGCUCUGUUUGCUCUAGGUGUUUUUGUGGGGCCCAUUUUAUCGCCGGUUAUGGGUUCCUACAUCGCUCAAAGAACAACAUGGAGAUGGUUAGAAUAUGUUGUCGGUUGCUUCGCUUCUGCCGUUUUCGUUGCAAUCGUAUUAUUUUUUGAGGAAACUCAUCACCCUACCAUUUUGGUCAAUAAGGCCAAGCAGAUGAGAAAGCAAAGUAAUAACUGGGGUAUUCACGCUGCUCACGAGGACGUGGAGUUGUCUAUCAAGGACAUUGUCCAAAAAACCGUGACAAGACCCAUUAUUAUGCUUUUCGUAGAACCAUUGUUAUUAUUCGUUACUAUUUAUAACUCAUUUGUCUAUGGUAUCUUGUACCUUUUGCUGGAAGCCUACCCACUGGUGUUUGUAGAGGGUUACGGCUUUGUCGAAAACGGUGAGCUGCCAUACAUUGCCUUGAUUAUUGGUAUGAUUGUGUGCGCUGCUUUCAUUUGGUACAUGGACAAUGAUUAUUUAAGGAGGUGCAAAGCUAAGGGUAAAUUAGUUCCCGAGGCUAGACUGUAUGCAAUGGUCGUUGCUGGUACAAUUUUCCCUAUUGGUAUUCUAUGGUUCUGUUGGACAGGCUACUAUCCUCAUAAGAUUCAUUGGAUGGUCCCCACAGUGGGUGGUGCCUUCAUCGGGUUUGGUUUAAUGGGAAUUUUCUUGCCAUGCUUAAAUUACAUUAUCGAAUCAUAUUUACUGUUGGCAGCUUCUGCCGUCGCCGCAAACACAUUCAUGAGGUCUGCGUUUGGUGCGUGCUUCCCGUUGUUUGCAGGUUAUAUGUUCCGUGGUAUGGGUAUCGGUUGGGCCGGUUUGUUACUGGGUCUAUUUGCCGCCGCGAUGAUUCCUGUACCUUUACUGUUCCUAAAGUAUGGUGAAUCCAUCAGAAAGAAGUCCAAGUACGCUUACGCCGCCUAA